UCUCUCCUGCUCGGCUCUCAGCCUCGUACCUCUCCCGCUGCGGAUUUCACAGGAGAGCAAGCAAACAGAAUAGAAGAAGUAAACUGAACAGCAAUGGCAACAACCGUCGCACAGAGGGCGGUGCAAAAUCAACCCUUUGGGAUCCUGAGGCUUUCCUUGAACUUCGUGAGGAACCUGAGCACUGUUUCCUCUUCUACUCAAAACCCUAGCGCCUCCUCACAGGAUGCUAAGAAACCUAAGCGAAGAAAGAAGAAGAAUCUGUUCGAGGUGGCUCAGUUCUUGCCCAAAUGGGGUAUCGGCUACCACAUGGCGAAAACGCACUGGACAAAUGUCUCGUAUCAGAUCACCAAGAUCAAUCUCUACAAGGAUGGAAGACAUGGCAAGGCAUGGGGAAUUGCUCAUAAAGACGGACUUAGGAGUGAUAAAUAUCUCCUUGCUGUUACUACAUUGCGGAAAUAAAUCAUGGUUCGCCCAACUCUGUUGCUUCCUAGUCAUGGUACAUGAAUUUCUUUGAUUAAUUCCUGAUGGCAAAGUUACCUUAUAUCAUGAUCUUUCCUCUGUCAUUAGGUUUGGAAAGGAACAACAGGUAACUUAUUUUCCCAGUUUUCUUACAUUGUGAAGGCAGUAAGCCUAAAAUUUCACAUAUUAUGUGCUGUUAAAUAAAAGUUUCUUUAAGUCUCUUUGUUAACACUUAUGACCAAAGUCGGUGUGUGAUAACAAAUGUUUAAUAGCUUGUGUCUUGAUCAUGGCAUGAAUUAUAUUCAAAACUAAUUUGUGGAAGUCUGAAUUUGGAUGGGGCAUUGCAUAUACAUACACCUAUACGCACAUGUUCCAUUUCAUGAUGACUAUGGAAUAGUGUGUUUUUAAUGCAGGCUUGCCAGCUGCUGAUGCUCCCAAAAAGAUAAGUGGAGUUCACAAGCGCUGCUGGAGAUACAUUCCACAUUUGUCUAAACCAGCAGAAAUCACACCAAACUUGAUGAAUCUAACAGAAAAUGCCACAGAAACUGAAGCUCAAGUAGCUUGAUGAGUUGUCUUAAAUUCUGGAUGUUGGCUUCCUGACCCUUUCAUGAUCCUUGGUUGAUGCCUUUGCACUUGGUAGACAAUAUACACUGUGGUCUUUUCGGUGGCAAUUUUUUAUCCUUGUAACAUUUCCUUUGUUCCAAGCUAAACCCAUUUGUGUGAUGCAAUUGGGAAGGCUGAUGUAGAACUUUCAGUUUUGCGACAGCGUUACAUUUAUGACCAUUCUUCUGUUUUAAAGGAAUUUUGCAUUUUCCGUCUCUUUUCCGAGACAGCAAUAUAUUGGAAAUAAACGGUUAGUUUCUGAUUUUAUGUUCCAUGAAUUUCUUUAGAUUUGUUUGUAUUGAGUAUAGUUAAUUAACGUGAAUAAAUUAC